AUGGAAAUUAUACAACCGAAGUUUGUGUUUAAUAGUUCAGAUGCUUCGAAAUUUUUACCAAAAGAUGAUUCUGGAAAUAACCUAGAUGAUAUAUCGAAGACACAAAAUAUUACAUCAUGCAAUCAAAAUCGUAUCAAUUUAAUAAAACAGACUAAUGGGCAAUUUGACAG